GGACGCGGCUCUCGACCUGGAAGCGCUUCCACGUGGUGGUGAUGAUGAUGCGCUCACCACAACCACCACCACCCCCCCGACAGGCUCACAGCGACUCGAGCUGCUGAUGCUGAUGGUGGUCGUGGUGGUGACGGCGGUGCCGGUCACGGUGAUGUGAGGAAUGGGACGCCACGUCUGAGGAGGAAGAGCGGCCUUUACCAAGUGAAAUCAGUCCCAGCAGCAGCAGCCCCGAGAUGUACACGCUGCUGUCGGGCUUGUGGAAGUACAUGUUCAAGAAGGACGAGUACUGCGUGCUCAUCCUGGGCCUGGACAAUGCGGGCAAGACGACGUUCCUGGAGCAGACCAAGACUCGAUUCAGCAAGAACUACAAAGCAAUGAACCUGUCCAAGAUCACCACCACCGUGGGACUCAACAUCGGGACGAUCGACGUGGGGUCCGUGCGUCUCAUGUUCUGGGACCUGGGCGGCCAAGAGGAGCUUCAGUCACUGUGGGACAAGUAUUUUGCCGAGUGCCACGGCGUCAUCUACCUGAUCGACUCCGUGGACGAGGGGCGCCUCGUGGAGUCGAGGGACGCGUUCGACAAGAUGGUUAGCAGCGAGGCGCUGGAUGGAGUGCCCCUGUUAGUGCUGGCCAACAAGCAGGACAUGGAGGGCUGCCUCACGGUGCCCGACAUCAAAACGGCGUUCAGCGACUGCGCCACCAAGAUCGGCAAGAGGGACUGCCUGGUGCAGCCCAGCUCGGCGCUCACCGGGGACGGCGUGAACGAGGGGAUCGAGUGGAUGGUGAAGUGCGUGGUGAGGAAUCUCCACCGGCCCCCGCGGCACAAAGACAUCACCUGACCCCGUCUCCACCGCCUUGCGCUCCUCCCGCUGGGCGUGGGAUCUUCUUCGUCUGUCUUCGUUCAACUCAACCUGUGGGUUGGGGGGUGGCCGGGUGACGUGCGGGGGAAGGGGGCGAGGGAGGAGGGGAGGGAGGAGGCGAGGGUUUGGGAAUGGUCGCGUUCGAGACGCAGAGCCGGGAACUGCGGAGCUUCUUGAAGUCGCGUUCCAGCCGCCCAGCCACGUGACCCAUCCGGGACUGGAACUGGGUUCUUGAGUCUAGCUAGUCGACGGUAACUCAGCCCGGUCGCCGGUGACUUGCAUCUCUAACUUUGUUUUAUUUUCACCACUUAAUUUAGGCGAUUCCAGGCUCCCCUCCCCCACGAAUGAAGCGUUUUACUUCGACAAUUUGACGCGCACCCAGGAAUUCCACCAUUUCCACCAUCGACGGCAACUCGGAUAAGUCGCUCACUCGGCACGAGAUCGGUUAUCGCAAACUCCACCGUCCUGCGGUAAAGUUCAACACGCCAACACCGGUACCACGAGAUCUCGGUUCUCAUCAAUCGCCACGGUGGCGAGAUGUUCACUACCUCGCCUGGCAUACUGGAGGUCGUGGGUUUGAUCCCAACCCUGACGCCUGCUGUAUUUUUGGAGUUUUCAUGUUCUCCCCGUGGUCGUGGAGA